AUGACGCAAGUCGGCAGCGUGCGCCUCAAGGUUCUCGCGCGCGGCGCUGAGGCGGUAGUGGCGUUCACGGAUGUGUACUUGGCGCCGCGACUGGCAAAGAACAUUGUGUCAUACGGCAAGCUAGCGAACAAAGGAUAUGCCCUAGAGCGCUCCGGCGACAGGCGCUCGCUCGCUCGGUGCAGAGAUGAUGCGGUCGCGUUCGAUGUCACAAUUGACAGCAACUUGCUUUAUGUCGUGAAGAAGGCCACGCGCGACAAGGAAGGUGCAGGUGGCGACGCGAUCAUGGCGGCGCUCGAAGCGCAUGCCACGGAAACCAACGCCGACGAGCCGCACGAAUCCUCGCUGUUGCACUGGCACCAGCGGAUCGGUUACCUUUCGUUUGACACGAUCGAACGCAUGGCGCGCGAUCCGGCAUCAGGCAUUCGGCUCAGCAACAAUAAACGUAUGGCGUGCGUGUCGUGCCUCGAGGGCAAGCAGACGCGCAACGCGCAGUCCCAACAAGACAGCGGCAAGCACUCUCCCAUCGAUCGCAUCGGCGGUGUCAUCUGCUCGGACCUAAAGGGUCCACUGCCGCCGCGGGACCGACUCGGCAAUCCUUACCUUGUGAACUUCGUUGAUCACAAGAGCAACUACUGCCGAGUCUUCCUCGCGCACACGAGGGACGCUGCGGCGAAGCAGUUCGAGGCGUUCCUCGUUCACUUCGAGAACCUUUUCGGUUUCAAGGUCCACGCGCUCCGCACGGAUGGCGGCAGAGAAUACGCCAAUGUGGACCUGUUCUGCGAGCGCAAGGGCGUCGCGCGCCAAGUGUCGGAGGCGCGCAAUCAGGCCUCAAACGGCAAGGCGAAACGAAUGCACCGGACAGUGCUGAACCUUGCGCGCAGCAUGAUGUUUGCCUGCGCGCUGCCCCUGAUAUUAUGGGGAGACGCGUGCAGCGUGUAUAGGGACCCGCGCCAGAACUCGCUGCUGCAGCGCUCGGGGCGCGCCAUCAUUGUUGGCGUCAGCGAGGAAAUCAAGGGCUACAAGGUGCUUCUACCGCGUGACAAUAAAGUGGUCGUCACGCAGCCCAUCAAGAAUAUUGAGACAUUGACGAAGGCGCAAAACGCGCAACUCCAGCGCGAGAUGGACGUCAGCGAUCGAGUCGGAGGCCAGGAUGAGACGGACGCGCCAGCAGCAGCAGUGGCGAACGAUGGUCGCGCAGAGGGCAACAGGGCAACGCGUAAAAGCAGAAAGCGAUGGGAGCGAGCGGCACAUGGAACACGCGGGGCGUCAAAACGCGCAGAAGCGGCUUCUUGUCAGGAGGAGACAGCCGCAAGCGGAAAUGUUUUGAAUGCUGCUUUCGAGCACGAUCCGCUUAUUUACGGACAGGCGAUGCGCAGCGAUGCGCAGGGCGACCUCGAGCGGCUGAAGGCGCGACUGGUGGCGUGUGGCAACGAACAGGUGCUUGGCGUUGACUACACGCUCACCUUCGCUGCCGUGAUGAACCUAUCAACGCUCAAAGUGAUCCUGACGCUUGCGGCUACCGGAAAGGGAGCCGCACCUCCGCAUCUAUCUACAGAUGCCGCGCGGCAUGCCAGUCUAGAAGAAGACGCUACGAGCGCAAGGCGUUUCGAACGCGAGCGAGCCGGUGCUGGAGCUGUGGAAGAGCCUCUUCGGUCUCAAGCAGGCAGGAUGGCUGUGGACCAGCUGCUGCACUCGAAGCUCUCUACUGCCGAUUUCACGCGGUGUGAGAGCGACAUGCGUUUUUUCUGGAAGCGCGACGGCGACGACCUCGUUGUGUUGUCGAUCAAGGACCUGGGGCGUGUCAGCAAGUUUCGGGGCAUGCGCGUGACGCACAACGGUCAGAAUGGGUACACGCUCGAUCAGGAGGAGGCCACCAGAGACCUCCUACGCGACAACGGACUCGCUGACGCCAACUCGACGUGGACGCCGAUCGACGACAGCUGCUACGGGCUGUAG